GCGAGGGGAAUACAGGGUAUACGGGGGUUGCGACGCUCUCUUUUCGUACGCGCGUCUGCGUAUUCCCCCUCCCUCCCCUUCGCCCCUUCGCCUCCCUCCCUCCCCCUCGACACGAUACACAAUCAUCAUCAUCAUCAUCAUCAACCUCACCCACCUCCAUUCCUAUCACGAUCGAUAGUCUCGACAACCCCAACAUCGACAACAACAGCAAGACAACAACACAAACAUGGCCCGUACCAAGCAGACCGCCAGAAAAUCCACAGGUGGCAAGGCCCCCAGGAAGCAGCUCGCCACCAAGGCCGCUAGGAAGACUGCGCCCUCGACCGGAGGUGUCAAGAAGCCCCACAGGUACAAGCCCGGUACCGUCGCUUUGAGGGAGAUCAGGAAGUACCAGAAAUCCACCGAACUCUUGAUCAGGAAGCUCCCCUUCCAGCGUCUCGUUCGAGAGAUCGCCCAGGACUUCAAGACUGACCUCCGAUUCCAGUCGUCCGCUAUCGGAGCGUUGCAGGAGGCUAGCGAGGCCUACUUGGUCUCCCUUUUCGAGGACACCAACUUGGCUGCUAUCCAUGCCAAGCGAGUCACCAUCCAGCCCAAGGACUUGCAACUCGCUCGUCGUCUCCGUGGCGAGAGGACCUAAGCCAAGGAACACUCAACCCGAGACGAACAAGAAGAGUUUGACAUCUCGAUGUCGGUUCUUUACCCCUAGUCU